CCAGAGCUCCAGAGCUUCAAAGGUUGGUCACCCCCCGUCCACUCACAACGAAUCAUGCCCCACGCGCUGCGGGACUCGUCCAGCGCACCGCAUACAGUCGGCGGCAUGCACAGUCCAAAGUAGCUAACACUAAAUCCCGCAGGACUCAUAUCUGCCCGCCUUAAUUUCUCGCCUGCCACAAGGCUGUUGGUACCAGGCACUCAAUAAUCAACCACUACUACAUAAAGGCUUCCCGCCGCCUUCUCUACCUCCAGAAAGCUCGCCCUCCUCUCUCGCACUUCUCUUUCCAUCACCAAACACAUCAUGGCAAGGUACCACGAUCACAACACCCUCGACCUGGACGGGAGACAGUCGUAUGGACGACGAUCUCCCGGGCAGGACUAUCCGUACAUGGACUCACAACUCAACCCAAACAGCCUCUCCACCAUCGCUCCGGGCUACGGGGGCAACUAUGGGGCGAACGUUGCUCGCACAGCUGUGAGCAUCAUCCACCCCACUACUAGCCAUCACGGCCACCGCGAGCAUGAGCGCCAUCGGGAUCCGUCUCCAGUCCCAAUCCAGGAGCCCGUCAUUGAGCACGAGCACCACCAUCUGCACCACCACAUCGACCACGGUGAUAUCAGUGCCCGCCAGCUGGCUAUGGCCCGUGUAUCGGUUGCUGGAUCCGAGGCUUCGCGGCCACGGAUGGCCCGCGAGUACUCCUACGAUGACCUGGACCUCCGUGAGCGCCGUUACGCCAACGGCACUGCCGUCACUACCAUUUCGCACACCCACGAUCACACGCCAUCAACCCGCACUCGGCGUCACCGCCACCGUCACCGCCACAGGGGCGAGACCGGCUCGGUCGAGCGCACUCGUUACACCCGCUCCGAGGUCGAUCUGGGCGGUUACCCCGACAUUGCCGACGACUUGACCGUCAUCGAUGUGCCCGCCGGAACACAAAGGGUGUACGUCAACGUCGAGAAGGGUCCCGCUUCUUCUCUUCGCGAUACUCGUGAGACUCGCGAAACUCGUGAAUACUCUAAGUCGGUUUCGGGCCAGUCGGGCGUUGAUUGGCGAAAGGAGCGUGGUGUACGCCGCUCUCGUGGCCUGGGCAACGAGCUGUGGACCGAAAUCACGAAGGACCUCAUCACAAGAGAGGCGAUCGAGGACUGCGGAUACCAGUACGAGGAGACCGAUUACUUCUACUACAUCUUUGAGUACCUGGACAGGGAGCAGAUUGCCGAGCUGCGGGAGCUGACCGAGGAUAUCCGUCGUGAACGCGUCCGUGAUCUCGAGUACCAGUCCAUUGCUGGCGGCUCCCAGUACGGCCUCGACCGUCACGACCGUGUCGACCGCAUGGAAAGGAUCGAACGCAUCGAACGGAUGGAGGCUCCCCGUGUCAUCGACCAGUCCGACACGCGCACCGAAAUCAUCAUCGAGUCUGCCAGCAACUACGGCCGGGAAUCUGCCCCGCGCCGCCGCUACUACCAUUAAACGGCUUUCUCAAGACCCGGUUUGUUUGGGGAGGGGUUUUUUUUCUUCUUGUUCAGGAUGGACACUUUUUGGGGGGGGCAUAUUGUUGCGGACUCACGCUGUUAUAAUAUGAGUUUACGAUGACGAUUUACGACUAUUUUCCUUCUUUCUUUCUUUCAUGCAUUAAAGACUUUGUUUGGGAUAUCUUCUGUGUUUCUGUUCUUUCUUUCUUUCUUUCUUUUCUUUCUUUCUUUUCAGAACUCAGAUAGCUCGCUCGGUCAUAUUGUUGGUCAUGAGGUUUUUGUACACGAUGUUUUGGCGUUGGGUUUGAAGGGGAG